CGAUGGAGACAUUUUAAAAUAAACACACAGCUAGCGGCUAGCUGCUAACAGGGCUCGGUAAAGGUGCGAGCACACUGCGCCAACAACACGUUCAAAUUCUUCUUUUUCUAACUUGUAAAGAAGUAAAGUGAAUCCACCAGUGCAUUAUUGAUGCAUCGCAAAUCAAAGAGGCUACAAAUUACCGAAGAUGUCGAAAAGUCUGUCGCUGGGAAAAGCAGAAUAUAAGUAACGCCGCGCAGGUGAGCUCCUGUCCAGGCACAUUGGUCCAUGGUUGUUGGACCUUUGGGCGCUGGGCUCAACUAGCAUGAAGAUGGCUGAUUCAGAGAAGGCAGAGGAAUUUGUGGAUGCUGAGUGCCCCUUAGAGUGCCUUGAUGAAGCACAAUCAGCCACGACUUCUGUCCAGGGAGAGCAGGAUGAGCAUCUGAAGACAGAGACCACCACCACCACCAGUACCAGUUCACCCCCAAGGGAAAAGGAGGGAGACAGCCCCUUGAACACAGAGGGUGAGCAGAGUCUCCUCUCCAUGCCAUGCCUGAUGAAGGAGCUCCGCAGAGACUCCCCGGAGUCCCAGCAUGCCUCCACGGGGAGUGACAAGCCUGCAUCUCGUCAUAUCUAUGAGAGUGACUCCUCAAACCCCUGCAUGCUCUCCCCUUCAUCCAGCGGCCACCUCGCUGACUCAGACACACUCUCCUCAGGGGAAGAUGGUGCUGCUCCUCGAGUAGGAGAAGAGGAAGAGGGCAGCAUGGAAGCUACAAAUGAUCCUGGGCAGGCAACAGGGAGGCAAACGUCUGCCACGGCUGCGGGGGGAAGGAAGUCUCGGCGGUCACGUUCGGAGAGCGAGAUGCCUCCUAAUGCGAUGGCUGCGAAGAAAAACCGCUGCCAGGCCACGAUGGUAGCAGCAGGAGGGCAGGAGAAACAAACCAAUGGCAAGAUGGCAAAAGUGAAAGGCCACCGGAGCCAGAAACACAAGGAGCGCAUGCGUUUGCUGAGGCAAAAACGAGAAGCAGCAGCACGGAAGAAGUAUAACCUGCUGCAGGACAGCAGUACGAGUGACAGCGAGCUCACGUGCGACUCCAGCACCAGUUCCUCUGAGGACGACGACGACGACACUUCAGGAGGUAGCAAGACAAUCAAGACAGAUAUUUCAGACGGGCCUCCGGUAGUGGGUCACUAUGAUAUUUCAGACACUGAUUCUAACCAGGAGAGUAUGAGUGUGGAGACAGUCCGGCCCACGGUGAUAAAGCAUGAGCUAAAAACACACAGAGGCCAGGAUAUGGCAGCUCACUCUGGGUGUAUAAGAGCUCUGAGCUCUAUCUCAGGCCAAGUGGAGGCAGAGCUGUCGCACAAGGGAAGUUCUCAACACAACAAGGGCCAGAUUAACAUUGCUUCCUCUGACAGUGAGGUGGAAAUAGUGGGAGUGCAAGAGAAAGCACGAUGCGCCCAUCCAUGCGGAGGGGUGAUAAAGAGUCUGUCCUCGUGGAAGGAGAACUCAGUGGAGCAGUUAAACAGCACAAAUCAACCACAGCUCUGGACUACUGUUUCUCCUCAGCCCAACUGGGUGUCCCCUCCUGAAGUGGUGGACCUCACACUGGACGAGGACGCCGGACACAAAUACCUACUUUAAACAACUUGUACACUGAAGACUCCUUAUUUCUUCCUCUCACUCCUCCUCAUCCCUCUUGCCUUGCCUCCAUGUUACGGCUGAAAUCCUUCCUAUAUUUGCGGCCUCACCUGUAACCGCUCGUGGACUCUUCCUGCUCCAGGGCACUGUUUGUUUUUAACUUACUGUUAAACAAUCAUAUGUAUCAAAGCCAUUCUACUGACGUGAUUCCCUGAUCUUGGCUUGUCAGCUCUGAGUUUAGUUGUAAUAAAAUGGCACAGCACUUCAAGGGCAGGUGGAAAUGUAUGUAAGUGAAUUAUCUUUUAAUGAUAGCAAUAUCUUACCUUCAUUUAAUACCUCAGUUACCCCUUGAUACCGGAUGUAGGUAGUCAUUUUGUGUUGUGUGCUUGCAAGCUGUAUAGUGAAAACGUCAAGUUGCUGCUUGAGAGCAGGUCGGUAUCACGACAUGGCUAUUGACCUGCUUCACUACAGACUCUGAACGGCAUAUUUUUAGACUUGAUUUCGCAUUUGUUACCUGCGCUCAAAACAAAAACGGCAGCUGGUACGCUUUCUCUUGUAUAAUAGACCAUAGAUUGAUAGCAAAGUUUGCUCUGUACCUGUUUAAUGUCACUUUUGUUUUUGAAAGUCUCACCACUGGUUUUAUUGAGUUCAGUCUGCAUUGAUCGCUUUGCUUUACUCUGUCCAGUGUAGGUACAGCCUAUGCUGUUCUAUCGGGGAGGGUUUUUGGUUUAUCUUAAAGGGAUAGUUCGACAUUUUGGGAAAUUUGCUUAUUUGCUUUUUUGUCAAGAGUUAGACCAGAAACUUGACCUUUCAUAUAUGUCUCUUACAUAUAAGGCUAUAGCCAGCCAGAGGGACUAGUCCGGUUUAGUCCAGAAGUCCCAAAAUCCACCUACCACCACCUCUUAGGCUCACUAAUUAACACGUUAUAUAUCUUGUUUGUUUAAUCCAUGCAAAAACCUAAUUUUAAAAAUAACAAUUGACUGUUUUUUGGCUAUUUAUUGGCCAGAAAUACUAACUUUACAGAGCCUCCACUGGUUGCCUGGCAACUGCUCAGAGCCAAGAAAGAGUUGAACAGAGUGAAGCUAGCGGUUCCCAACUCCAGUCUUUGUGCUAAGCUAACCCAUUGCUAGCUGUAGCUUUAUAUUUACUGGAUAUACAUGAGAGCUUCUAAUCUAGCGUUAACUUUGCCAGAAAACAAAUAAGCAUAUUUCUCAAAAUGUCUUGAUUUAAAUUCACAGCUUUUGUUUCUGUCGCUACCGUAUUACAACAAAUCUUUUCUUUUCUUUUUUUAAACACAAAACCAACGUUUAAACUCAAACUCUGACGAAAAUAUACAAAUACACUUGUUACAAACACACUACAAGAUACAACUCAUUUCCACUACAGCAUUACUGUAUGUAGUCGUGCUGGGUGUUGGUAAUAGAAAUUGUGUAUCUUUUGUGCUGAGAUACAUUUUAUGUUGGAAGCCACAGAGUCUGCAAGUGUCCCAGGUGACUCGGGCCCUGUUUCCACCUGGCAUUAACCUGCGUCUUGGCUGAUCCGAUCACAAGUGGACAGCUCUAAGUACAUCAGUUCACACCUUGCAAUAGCAUACGUCUCCACACGGGGCGCCCUGAUUAUUCACCUGUUAGAGCAUGUACCUCAUAUAAGGCUUUGUCAUUAUCACGGUGGCCUGGGUUUGAUUCCAGCCUGUGGCUCUUUGCUGCAUGUCAUCCUCUCUCUCUCUCUCUCUCCCCUCUUUCCUGUCUACCUUCAGCUGUCUCUAUAAAAUAAAGGCUUAAAAAGCCCCAAAAAAUAAUUAUUAAAAAAAUGAAUGCUUCUCAAGUGACCAUAUAUCAGCAGAUCUCACUUCCCUGCUCAGUAUGCAAACGUACAUCAUUUCCUGCUGCAUUAAGUAUCAUCCAGUCAACGUGCGGACUCUGUGGGCCCAAUGGAAAUCAGACAAUGCUUUGUGUGUACUCCAUCCACAUGAAUCAAUUUUAGCUGCUGUGGCUUCUUGCUUCUCACUUUAAUAUAACACUGUUGGUGCAUGAAUGAGUACACACUCACACAGAGGACGUCAGGAUGUUGAGUAGCGGUCCUUCAGUGUGGUCUGGGACAUAUUCAUGUCCACACUGGUGAAAAAUUGAGUCUUGGUACACCUGUACGUGUAGCUGGCCACUUGUGAUUGGAUCACCCCAGACGCAUGUUAAUACCGGGUGUAAACAGGGCCAUAGUUCUCAGUGAAUGUAUGACCCUGCAGUGCUGACUGGGUGCACUUACUGUUUGCAUGCUUAUCCGGAAUGAAUGCAAACACCUUUAAUCCUCUGGGGACCCCUUUAUAACAACUGAGGAAAUGUAUUUUCCAUUGAAUACUGCAAAGCAAAAUGGCCUGAAUGCCUUGAAAUGUGCACUAUUUUCUUUUAGAAUCAUAUAAAGCUUAUUCUUUUACCUUACAAAGCAGUGGAUUUUGCUAUCUCAACAACAAAUAUUUUAAUAAUAGAUGUAAAUUUAGCACACAUAUAAAAGUAAAAGUGGUGUUUGUGCCCACAUGUGGGGUGUUUAUAGAAGAGACUUUUACUGUAUGAACUGUUUUUACCCUGAUCCUCAGGGCCUGCUUGCUCUCUUCCCCUGUGGUCUUAUUUUUGUCUUCAUGCAGUACUGCAGCCACGCAGGUAGUUUCUUUUUAUCAAUGAUCCAACUUGACACACUGUUUUAACACUUAAGAUUUGUUUUAUUGCUUAUUGAGUAACACCUACUUUUCUAAGUGAUGCUUGAGAAUUGUAGAAUCAAAUAAUUUGACUUCUGCUGGUCACAGAAGGGAAGGGAAAAUCCUAAAUAUAAGGAACUAAACCAAAGUCUAAGGAAAUUUAUGUAUUUAGUUUGUUUUCUUUCCCGACUUGAAAUUCUGCUCCCAGUCUGUUCUUUGAAAUUUGCUUUGUAAGUAUAAAGUCGUGCAUAUUGAUGUGAAAUGAGGUGACACAAAUUCUGUUUCAAACUGAAGAUACAGUGUAGUAUAAUGUGAUUAUUUUUGAUUUCCUUUGGCCAGUUCUUUCCACAACAUGCAGCCACCUCUGUAAUGACAAUUCUUUUACCAGACCACUUCUGCUUGCAAAAUCCAUUUUGCUAUUGUUCCUUAACAUUAUUAUGAAAUGUUAGUAAGACUCAUGUCUUUAGUGAUAGAGGUUUGGUAGAAAAUUAGGGCAGUGAUGCUCGACUAUGGUUGCACAUGGCAUGUUUGGUCAAAUCUUUAACCUCAAGUCAGAUAUUAUCCUCAUUACCAGUAAUUUAGCCUUGCUCUUCUGUUAUUUUUGUUUUAUUUUACUGUCAGUAUUUUAAAUUAACAAAAAAAGGUGUUUAUUUUGUUGCUUCUGCAAGUCCUUGACUUCCUUGAAAUUAUGUCUGUAGAACAAAAAGAAACUAUUUUAAAACUAAAUAAAUAGAGCGUUAUUUAAUGAC